AUGAAGAAGGUGGUCGAGGACUACCAUUCCCUCACACAGGAGGAUGUGAAAAAACUCGUUAACGAGCCAAAGAAGGGAGCAACGCUGAGCUUCUCUCCUUUUGAGGUGUAUGUGUUCGACGGUCACAGUGCGGUCUUCUUGUCUUUGAGCAACAGCGUUGCAGACGUGAUUGAGCAGCGCCCUGCCUACAUCAGACUGGAUUUCCGGAACGCCGUGAUCUCGAAGCUUUACUUUUGGUUGUCCUACGAGCUUCAGCGGGCUGAAACCCAGACGCCAGACCGAAUUGGCCUUGGGACGAAGAUUUUCUGCCUCGUGCGGGGGCAGUUCCACGAAGAUAAGAAGACGCACAUGAAGGCAGGGCUUGGUCUCUGUGUGUCCGGCACCUUGUUUGGCAUGUGCAACACCCUGCGCCAAGAGCUUGAAACCUGCACGAUCCAGUUCUGCGACACCGAGUACUAUCUCCCAGACGACAGCGAUGUCUGGGCGCGUGUGGCCAGUGAAGCCUUCCGGGAUACGACCUUCGGCCAUAACGACGUUCGGAUUUUGAACUCUGGCCGGUACGUGCAGAGGCGCGUGUCCUCGAAGGCGUAUCAGGCUGCCAACAAGGAGUUCCCCAUGCCCAGCGACGGCAUCAUUGCCAUCUCUGGAGGAAAUGGAGCCCUAGGACUGGUUAUGGGCGGCUGGCUUCUGGAUAAGGCUGCCGAGCAGGGCGUUGGCGGCUUCACAAUCAAGUUCCUUUCCCGAUCGGUGAAGAUUUCGGACGGGAACAUGUAUCUUUGGAAGGACAUUGAGGCGAAAGCCGCAAAGCUGGGUGUCACUGUCGAGCAAGGAAAGAUGGACAUGUCCUCGCAGGAGGGCUGCAACAAGUUCAUCGAGUCCUGCAAUGGCAUGCUGAAGGGCUUCAUCCACUCUGCGGGCGUGCUGCGAGACUCUAUGCUCAUGAACCUGACGUGGGACAGAUUUGAAGAUGUCUUCCAGUCAAAGCAUCACGCAGCUCUGUACCUGCACGAGGCCCUGGAGACCCAUCCGCAGAAGGACUUGAGAUUCAUGUGGAACUUCUCCUCCACGUCCGUCUACGGCAACAUGGGCCAGCUGAACUAUUCCGGCUCGAACUCCUUCCUAGAUGUCCUCACGCGCCACCGGAAGGCCAAGGGACGUCCUUCCAUGGCCAUCCAGUGGGGCGCAUGGGGCGAUGUCGGCAUGGCCGCGACAAUGACCGACGCCAUGCGACUUCGAACCAUGAACUCGCCAAUGCCUUACUUCAGCAACAAGGAGGGCCUGACAGGCUUGGAGUGCGGCAUCCAAACCGGCUUGCCCUACUUCAGCGUUUACAAGUUCAACCCACAGGUGACCAUGGGCUGGAUCCAGCCAAUGGACAACAUCUUCUCACUCCACAAUCGCAACUUCCACAGCGAGGUGGCACCGACGCCCCCGGCACCCCCCCAGCUUGAGCGGAAGCACUACUACACUGUCCUGCGGAUGGCGAAAGGUCCGCAGACGAAGAGCCCCACCGCUGUGCCGAUGGUCUACAACGCCUACGUCAAGGCGGCUGCUGCAAAGGAUGCGGCUGAGUGGGGCAAUGAUUUUCGAAAAUGGUAG